AGUAGUCUUCCGCAAGUUGUAUUAGUCCAGUACCCCUAAAAGUCGCGGCCCGAAGACGACGCAAAGAGCCCUAGUGAAAAAAGGCAAGACUGAUGUAGUAAAUAAUCUUGGAUGCCAAGAAAUCUGAUGCAAUCGUUACCAUACGAACCCUAGACCACGGCCUGACAUGCCCAGUGGAAGUAAAGGCACUGUGUCCAUAACGCACAUUGAAAAUUAAAGAUCACACAAAUUCCGAUAAUUUUUUUUCGUAUGCAAGGAAGAAACCGCAGGAAGCAACGUGCCUCAAUUUUAUCUUCCUUGUAGCGGCACAGUUAUUCCAAACUGACUCGUUGAAUAACAAGCAAAUUUAAAUGGUAUCGGUACUUCUCAAGAAUACAUUUUGCAUCCUAAUUAUCAACUGAAGUGAAUGCAGUAUUGAUGACAAUUCGCCAAUUGAAAAGUAAACUUUGACCGCGACUUGUACAUAUUCCCACAGAACCGCAGAACUACCGCAGCUAAUCAAAACCUAAAUUCAAAAUUUGGAAACUUUGUGAAAUGUAAGCAGUCGCGGACAAUGAGAAUCCGUUAUUAAUACUUAUUUCUGCACACAUCCUGGUAGUGUUGGUGUGGAUGUUCUCCUUUCUAGACAUUUACUCGCAAGUAUGUCGCUCGUUUACAUAUCGGCGUUUAUUGCACUCGUCGCGCUUGUCGAUGCGCAACUUUUAAAUCUGAGCAGUACGCAUCCGAUUCGCGAGGCGUUAUUUUUGAAUAACGCCAGCGCGUUCAACAACACAAGGGAUAAGUGCGUGUGGAGACCUGCAACCCAAAAUUCUGCCGCUUGUCCAGAUCAGGAUAUCAAUUUUAUUUUGUACGCCGAAUCGAAUAGGGAAUUGGUCGACCUUAGGGAGACGGAUUGGUUAAGGCAAAGCUCUUGGAACUCGACCAAGGAGAAUGUAAUAAUUAUUCACGGGUAUGCUGGGGGUGACGAUACCUUGCCGAUUGCGGUGCUGAGAGAUGCGUAUAUCAAUAAUGGUAAUUAUAACGUGUGGAUGUUGGACUGGGGGCCGUUGUGUCAACCCCCUUGCUACGCUGCGGCUGUGCACAACAUGAGAGCUGUGGCGAAGUGCGCCGGGGAGUUUUUGACUUUGAUGAGAAGCAGCGGGAUGUCUCCCAGUCGCACUGUCUGCGUUGGGCACUCGCUUGGUGCACAUAUAUGCGGAUUGAUCUCACACCACGUCCUCUUCCGUCUACAUCGAAUAAUCGGUCUGGAUCCGGCCCGUCCUCUUGUCCCCGUCCAGGCCAGGUUAUCACCGGGAGACGCCGCCGCCGUUCACGCGCUGCACACCAACGCCGGCCACUACGGUGAAAUGGGCAGAUCUGGGCAUGUCGACUUUUGCAUUAACGGAGGCAAAACUCAACCCUACUGCCAAGCGACUGAAAACGAAUCCCUCUGUAGUCACGUCUGGGCAAUAUGCUACAUGGCCGAGAGUUUGCACGGCGAAUUAACUAGGAAAGCGGAACCUUGCUCUAGGCGUUGCCCCAGUGGUUCUCGUCCAGGACAUCGCAUUGGCAUCCCGAUACCAAUGGGCCAAUCCACUCCAUUAACAACAUCGGGUUCUUAUUGCGUGCACGACGAACGGCCGCCAUAUUGUCCAUCACAUCCUGGAGCCCCCGGUGACAAACGGUGCUGCAUCACGUAAACUUUGAGUUUAUUAAACUUGAC